GGUCAGUAUUUAUAAAUAGCAGAUGAUAGACACAAUCAUAAUCAAUGAUUUAGAACAGAAAUUUAUUUUGACGUUUAUUUUUGAAGAGCUACCCAAAAAAACAAGGGCUGACUAGCGCUCUCGCCCCACGCCCCAUCUUCCUUGUGUACUUUCGCUUUCUCUCUUCUUAAGAAUCAUAACCCGAAGAUUCUCUCAUCCUAACACAGCUACAUCACCAUAUCUCCAGACUAAAAUAAGUUAGUCAAUCUAAUUGGCUUGUAAACUUGAACAAUGGUAAAAUAGACAUCUAUUCAAAAGACUACAGGAUAAAAAUAAGUACAAGCACAAGUGCUACAUGCAAGUUUAACUUUCGAUUCAAACGUCAGACAAAGGCAGAAGAGAUCUACACUGCACAAAAGAAGAGAAGCGAACACACUGAAUUCAAAACAGAUUCUGUGUCUGUAAAACUUGCAUGCAGCCAAUUAAACAACUAUGUCUUCAUAUGGGUCUGUGAUGAAUCAUAUUUACAAAUGGUGGUAUGGUUCUGAAUUGUAUUCUAAACCCUGGAGAACAGUAAAAUGGGAUAAACAUGAGAUAGAAGAGAGUGUGAGAAUUCUGACCCCAAGCAAUCCAGAUAUCAGACAUCUUCAAAUCCUGCUGCAUGGACCUGUUGGAGCUGGAAAGUCCAGCUUUAUAAAUUCCCUCAGAAGUGUCUUUCAAAAACGGAUUAGUGUCAAAGAGAAAGUAGCACCAUCAUCAUCCACCAGUUGCACAAAAACAUACAAAGGCUGUGAAAUCAAAACAUCUUAUGGAGUUUUACCAAUCACCAUAUUUGAUUUUAUGGGUCUGGAAGAAAAGGCACAAAAUGUUCAUCCUGAUGAUCUGAGAAAUGCACUGCAUGGACAUUUGCCAAAUGGAUAUAAGUUUCAUCCUGACAGACCACUGCCUUCAAAUGAUGAAAAAUACAUCAUCAACCCCUCAAAAGGAGAAAAAAUGCAUUGCGUGGUCUGUGUUGUGUCAACAAACAGUAUCUCUCUAAUGACUGAUGCUUUCAUCAACAAGAUGAAAAUGUAUUUGGAGGAAGCCAGUGAACUUGGAAUCCCUCGAGCUGUUCUCAUGACUAUGGGUGAUCUAGUCUGUCCAGCUGUUAAGAACGAUGUGAAAUACAUCUACAUAAGCAAGAUAAUUAAAACCAAGAUGGAAGAAUGCAGUCACAAACUGCAAGUUCCAAUGACUUGCAUCUUCCCUGUGAAGAACUACAAUGAGGAGUUAGAAACAAACGACGACGUAGAUGUCCUCCUCCUGUUGGCACUGAAACAAAUUGCCCAUUUUGCCAAUGAUUAUGCUGAAGACCUUUGAAACAGGAAAGAUAUUAUUAAAAUUCUUUCCAAAUAACAGCUGCCGAGAAAAUGUAAAAGAAUACUUCUUUGCAUUACGACCAUGUUACACAGAAUAGAGAAUGUUGAAAAUUUGCUUUAUAUUACCUAAUAAAGUAGAUAAUCACCUAAAAGCCAGCUAAUGAGAUAAUUAACUGUUCAUUUAUUAAAAACCACGCUUCACAAUUAACAGUCUGUCAUUCAUAUAACAAGGCUUACUUUACACUUUCCAAGGUAGCAGUUGAACAAAGGGACAGUGUCAUAUCUUUGAUCAUAAAAAAAUAUAUACUAUAUAUUCCAUGUAAGAAGUUAUUUGAUAUUUAACCUCAGGAUCACAUAGGGUAACAAAGUAAAACUGUGUUCUGCAUAUAUUUCACUGCAUCAUAAAACUGUACUUGCUGAGCUGGUUAAUUAAAUAAAUGAAAUAAAUCUUUAUUAAAUGUUAAACAAAAAUUUAAGUUACAAAUAAAAUAAAAUAAAAAUCUAACCAAGCGUAGUGGAAUCAAUUAUUUUAGAUUACGCAUGACUUUUUACAGCAGGACACCUCAAAAAUAUGACUAUAAAAACUCCAUGAAUUCCAUGUGUUCUAGUGUUGACCUAGGCUUUCUUUAAAAAUCAGAACUUAUUUGCUUCCAGAAUAAAAUGGUACAGUCACAAACAUUUGUAUACAUGCAUACUUUUUUUAAAAGGUUUUUUGUUCUAUCCUACAUAUGCACUAUAUGGUCAAAAGUUUGUGGACACCUGGCCAUCAUAUGUACAUGUUGAACAUUCCACUCCAGAUUUAUUCCCCCUUUGCUGUUAUAAUAAGCUCCACUCUUCUGCGAAGGCUUUCCACUAGAUUUUGGAGUGUGGCUGUGGGGAUUUGUACUCAUUCGGCUACAAGAGCAUUAGUCAGAUAAAGGUACUGAUGUUGGGUGAGGAGGCCUGGGUUUCAGUCAGUGUUCCAGUUCAUCCCUAAGGUGUUCAGAGGGGUUGAGGUCAGGGCUCUGUGCAGGACACUUGAGUUCUUACACUCCAACCUUGGCAAACCAUGUCUUCCUUGGUGCUCACUUUGUGAACAGGAGCAUUGUCAUGCUGGAACAAGUUUGGACCCCUAUGUUCCAGUUAAGGGAGAUUGUAAUGCUACAGCUUACAAAGACAUUUUAUACAAUUGUGUGGUUUGAUCUUAGUGGCAACAGUUUGGGGAAGAACCACAUAUGGGUGUGAUGGCCAGGUGUCCACCACUUUAUUGUGGCAUAGAUUUAAUUGUAAAUGAAUCACAUUUUUGGUUCCAUCAAUCUAUACACAAUAAUCCAUAAUGACAAAGUGACAAAAAUCUCUUGAAUUUGUUUUUAUGUUGUUGUUGUUGUUUACAAAUUUAUUACAAAUUGAAAAAUGGAUCUUUUAGAUAAUGGGGCAUUCAGACUCUUGUGAAUUAAUUUUAAAUUAAAUCUGUGGUUACGGUGGAUCUGGAGUCUAGCUCAGGAACACUGGGUGUGAAAAAAAUGGUUGUCUGCUGGUAGCUCUCUCCUAUUUAUCUUAAGAAUAUCAAUUAAAGCAUUAUUGAUUCAUGACCAAGUAAUCACAGAUCCAGCUUUGACUGCCAAGGUAAUAGUCUCUU